UACUAAAAUAGAUACGGAAUUUUAUUUUCCGUAUUGAUAUGGAAAUUUAAAUUCCGUAUCUGUUUUAGUGGGGUGCAAAGCCUAAGGGUGGGGCUCCAAACCCAACUCCCACCAUUGAAGCAUGCAACUCUGAAACAUCGGAAGGAAGACAAAGAGAAAGAGACAGAUGGAGAAGAAGAGCAUAAGGGAGCUGGGAGUGGAGGACUUUGUGAAUGCUAGAUUAUCAGAAGCAGAAGCCAAUCAAUUACACCUUGUUUUGAAGGAUGUCCUCUCCCUCACCAUCACCGACAACCCAACUGAAAUCUGGCGCCACCUCAUCACCCGGAGAGCCCUCAAGCCAUCAUACCCUCAUCCCUUACACCAGCUUCUCUACUACUCUCUCUAUCAUCACUCUUCUUCUGAUAACACUGCUUCCCCUGACCCUCCUCUUUAUUGGUUUCCUUCUCUUGACCAGUCCAGAAGUACUAACCUGGGUCGUCUAAUGGAAACUCAUGCUUCUAAGCUAUUAGGACCUUCCUACAAAGACCCCAUUUCCAGUUUUCAUCUUUUUCAGAAGUUCUCUGUUCAACACCCUCAGGUGUACUGGUCUCUGAUUCUCAAGGAGCUUUCACUUUCAUUUGUUGAACCUCCGAGGUGCAUUUUAGAUACUUCUGACCCUUUAAAACAUGGGGGAACUUGGCUUCCCGGUUCUGUUUUGAAUAUUGCAGAUUGCUGUUUGCAACCAAGUGAGCACCCUAACAAACAAGAUGACAGUGUAGCCAUUGUUUGGAGAGAUGAAGGUUUUGAUGAUUCUGAGGUCAAUCGUGUCACGCUCAAACAACUUCGACAGCAAGUAAUGUUGGUAGCAAAUGCAAUAGAUGCCACAUUCUCGAAGGGAGAUGCAAUUGCAAUUGACAUGCAAAUGACUGUCAAUGCUGUUAUCAUAUACUUGGCCAUUAUUCUAGCAGGGUGCAUUGUGGUCUCAAUAGCUGAUAGCUUCGCACCGAAAGAAAUUGCAACUCGCCUGCGUGUUUCUAAAGCAAAGGGUAUUUUCACACAGGAUUUCAUAUUAAGAGGUGGCAGGAAGUUCCCUUUGUACAGUCGAGUCAUUGAGGCAGCUGCAUGUAAAGUUAUUGUGGUCCCUGUGAUAGGUGAUGAUGUAGAAGUACAAUUAAGAGAGCAAGACUUUUCAUGGAAAGGUUUUGUCUCUUCUGGCAGUCAGAAGUCCAGAUCAGAUCAUUACUCUCCAAUCUAUCAACCAAUCGAUUCUGUCAUUAAUAUACUAUUCUCAUCUGGAACCACAGGAGAUCCAAAAGCUAUACCUUGGACUCAACUUGCACCUAUAAGAAGUGCUGCUGAUGGAUGGGCUGCUAUUGAUGUUCAAGCUGGAGAUGUCUAUUGCUGGCCUACAAAUUUAGGAUGGGUGAUAGGACCUACUGUAUUAUAUCAUUGCUUUCUGACUGGUGCCACUCUUGCUCUGUACCAUGGAUCUCCUCAAGGCCGUGAUUUUGGAAAGUUUGUUCAGGAUGCAGGUGUUACCAUUUUGGGAACAGUUCCAAGCUUGGUAAAAUCUUGGAAGAGUGCAAAAUGUAUGGAGGGCUUGGAUUGGACAAAGAUAAAAUCAUUUUGUUCCAGCGGAGAAACAUCUAAUGUUGAUGAUGAUCUAUGGCUUUCCUCAAAAGCUUUUUACAAUCCAAUCAUUGAAUUAUGUGGAGGCACUGAGCUUGCUUCUAGCUACAUUGCAGGAAGCCCCUUGCAGCCUCAAGCUUUUGGAGCGUGCAGCACAGCAUCAAUGACAACUGGCUUUGUUAUUUUUGAUGAAAAUGGAGUUCCUUACCCAGACGAUAAUCCUUGUGUUGGCGAAAUGGGCUUACUGCCUCUCUCUCUAGGAGCAUCUGAUAGAUUACUGAAUGCUAAUCAUGAGGAAGUUUACUUUAAGGGAAUGCCCAUUUAUAACGGAAAGGUUCUUAGAAGACAUGGAGAUAUAAUCAAGAGAACUGUUGGCGGCUAUAUCAUUGUACAAGGGAGGGCUGAUGACACCAUGAAUCUUGGUGGAAUAAAGACAAGUUCUGUAGAAAUUGAGCGCGUCUGUGACAGGGCUGAUGAAUCCAUUCUGGAGACAGCUGCAAUCGGCGUCGCAACUGCAAACGGAGGUCCAGAACAACUGGUUAUAUUUGUAGUUUUAAAGGAAGGUUACAAUUCUGAUGCAGAAACUCUAAAGAUAAAAUUCUCUAAAGCCAUUCAAACCAACCUUAAUCCUUUGUUCAAGGUAAGCAUUGUUAAAAUUGUGCCUGAGUUUCCCCGAACAUCUUCCAACAAAGUACUGAGGAGGGUAAUGAGGGAUCAAAUGAAGCAAGAGCUAUCAGUUCAGAGCAGACUUUAGUGACACCAUUGAAAUAAGGAAGCAUUAUUUAUAUGAGGGAUGAAAAAGACGACCAGUGCUUUGAAUGGAAAGCAUGCAGGUUUUCUCAACAAUAUAGCAUAGAUAUGAAGUUAACCAAAGCUAUGAAAAAUAAGAGACCCCAGUUAGGGAGGGGUGUAUGAAAUAAUGAAAAUAAAUAUGUUAGAAUUACGACCAUUCAAUGCUUUGUAUUUCAAAUUUUGCAUAUGUGCAGCUGAGUACUCUAAUCAAGGUGUGUCCUGAAUACUGGAUUAAACUUUGAAAUGCAAGAGUUUUCUUGUA